CACGCCGCAGUCAGACGCUAUAAAGCCCGGGUUACGAUGACGGUGUAGUGUACGCACUCCGACACCCGUAAUAGAAAACAAGAGCGGUGCACUGUGGAUAAACUAACUGCCUAUUAUACAACCCCAAAAUGAAGCGCUGGUCGUUCUUCUGCGUUUGUGGACUUCUUUGUAUAUAUUUUAGCCCAACUGCUGGUCAGUUUGCCAACGAACACGAGAGGAGAUGGCCCGUAAACUCGAGAGCCUCUGAGAGGCAGGCCAUAAACAAUGAAUGGAAUAAUUGGUCUGGGUGGACCGAGUGUUCACAAACAUGUAAUAUUGGAGCAGCAUUUCGAAAGCGGACAUGCUUACAAGUCAGCGAUAUUUAUUCAGCAGUUGAUAGCAAAUUGUGUAACGGCCCGGCAAGAGAAUAUAAAGCCUGCAAUACAAUGCCUUGUUCUUCGAGCCACUUUGACGAUUUUAGGAGGAUGCAGUGUUCGUCAUUUGAUUCGGAUAUAUUUUAUAGACACGUCAGAUUCCACUGGAAACCUUACUAUACCAGGGAUGGAUGUGAUGGUAAACUUUAUUCUACGUUGACGCUAGAUAAAUGUGGUAUUUGUGGUGGCAAUGGUAAUCAGUGCAGAACAGUUUCGCGUGAUUACAGGGAAAGCAAUGCAACUAUAGGCUAUACAGAAAUAGUGGUAAUACCAAAGGGUGCGGUACACAUCAGUGUAGUGGAAAAAGUAAGGAAUCCUGACUCCUACCUUGCUAUGCGAGUGUCAAGCGGUGAGUUUUUUUUAAAUGGAUAUUGGAUUAUUAAUAAUCCUGGUGUCUAUGAAAUAGUAGGAACUGUCUUUAACUAUACAAGGUCAUCAUUAAGCCAAUCAGGAAAUGAAGAAAGUAUCACAUCAGCUGGACCAAUUGAUGAGUCAGUAAGUGUCAUGCUGCUAUCGGAGGUAUCUGAUGCAGUUCAUAUUAACUAUAAGUAUACAGUUCCGUUAUCACAUCUGCCAGCUGAAGAACAAUCUCCAUAUUUGGAUCUGAGCUAUGCUGCACUUGAACAAGGUGUGGUUGGAAGUUACAGUUACAGAGACCAAGAGAAAAGUACUAUACAUAAGGAGCCACUUUCUGAGGCUGAGCUGCCAUCUACCUUAAUACCACUGGCAGUAAUCGAAGGUUUGAGUUCUACUAAACUUCCCGCAAAUACGAGUAAAUUCUAUGAAGCCUCUGAAGAACCAAUGAUGAACGGAACAGUGCUCGAUAGACAGUACCUUCCUGCUGUUACUUAUUACUGGGUAGCUACCUAUGCACAGUGCAGUGCUACAUGCUCUCCAGGAGUAUCUGAGUCAUAUGUUAAGUGUUAUAAUAAUGAUGACAUUGAGGUAGACGAGUCACAGUGUGACCCAUCUCUCAGACCUGAACCUCAUUUCAGAAAAAAGUGUGCAGGACAAUUAUGUGAUGCAAGGUGGGUUGAAAGUUCAUGGAGUCGUUGUUCUGUGACUUGUGGUGCUGGCGUCAAGUACAGAUCUGUUCAUUGUUGGCAGAUAAUGUCAGAAGGCUUGGAUAGCUCAGUAUCCCAUUCCCAGUGUAAUCCCAACACCAAACCAGCAACUAUUCAGGCAUGUGAAAAACAACCGUGCGGUCCAUUAUGGGAAACAUCGGAAUGGGGUGAGUGUUCUAAGAAAUGUGGAAGUGGUGUGCAAAGGCGUAGAGUCAGAUGCAAACUUUCUGAUGAUUCAUGUGAUAUAAGACUGAAACCAAUAAGUGAAAAAACAUGUAUUAUAGGAACAUGUAAGGGUCAAUGGGCAGGGACUCCAUGGAGUGAGUGUUCUGGAAACUGUGGAACAAAGAGUCGCAACCUCUUGUGUCUUGAUAGGGAAACUGGUAAAGAUGGUAUUUGUAGCAUGGAAUCCAAGCCAAAAAAAACAGUAGAAGCCUGUGGACAAAAUUGUAAUGCAUACUGGGUACCGCAAGUAUGGGAACCUUGUUCAUCUAGUUGUGGUCAUGGUACCCGCACACGGUUACUGAUAUGUGCAGCAGUAGAAAACAGUAGAGCAGUGACAUUACAGGAGAGUGACUGUGAUCCAUCAACCAAACCAAAUGAAUCAGCAGUCUGCAUUGAAGAAUCUUGUGAAAUUCAACCUGAAUGGUUUUCCACAGAAUGGUCUGAGUGUUCUAGGAGUUGUGGACGAGGAAUAAAAAGACGUGAAGUUAAAUGUUACUUAGAUGACGUACCAGCGUCUGGUUGUGAUUCUGAUAAUAAACCAGCUGCGGAGGAGGAAUGUGAGCAACAGACAUGUCCAAGUGGAAACCUAGAAGAAGACUGUGAGGACAAUCCAACUGCCAAUUGUGCCUUGGCAUUCGAUCUUGAUCUGUGCCAGCAUUGGUAUUACGAAAAGGCAUGCUGUGGCUCGUGUAAAUCAAGAAAACGUUGA